UCUCGCUGUGGGAGGGGGGUUGAAGCGGCUGCCUCGGAGCUCUCCGGUAACAGAGACAGUAGACGGCACUGACUCACACCUACGAUCCGCACACAGCACAUCCCAGACUCCACCUGACCUGCAGCCCAACAGCAGGACGACGAUGAAGACAUAGAGGAAGUUCCCUCUCAAUUUUUUCCCUUUCCGUGGCUGUUUUUCAAUCCGCUCCUGACGGCAGAUCUUCCACUUCAGAUCCAACAAAGUCAGAAUGUAUCUUACAGACUGAUAAACACCAGAUGGCGGUGAGUUGAGUGUGUUGGGACGGGACAAGGCGUUGUUUUUUGCUUACAUAAAACUGGGGACAACUUGGUUUGGUGGCGGACCUUCUAGCUGUUUUUGUAGGUGUUUUAUUUUAUUUUUGGCCAAAUAUCAUCCUACCACCACCACCACCAGCUGUCCUCCUCCUCCAGCCGUCUUGACUUGAUAAAGCAGCCACUGAGGAGACAACCUACAGUCUGCCUGGCCGCCGGCGGUCAAACGGAAUCAAAACAAAAAUCUCGCAGCACCGGACUGGACUCUGACAAGGAUGCUACUCCAUAACAGAGACUACUAGACGGUCCACAACAGCCGCUGCCAACAUGUUCAGGCGAGGUUAUGGUGGGGUGGAGUUACUGUUGGUGCUGUGGGGUCUGGAUCUCUCUCUGCCCUGCCCUCGCCACUGCAUCUGCUACACUUCACCAAGCACCGUGUCAUGCCAGGACCACAACUUCCACGCCGUGCCGGAGGGCAUCCCCGCUCAGAGCGAGCGCGUCUUCCUGCAAAAGAACAAGAUCCAGAGGCUGCUUCGUGGCCACUUCUCGCCCACCACCACCAUGUUGUGGCUUUACGCCAACAACAUCUCCUAUAUACAACCGUCCACCUUCCACGGCUUCGACCGCCUGGAGGAGCUCGACCUCGGGGACAACCAGCACCUGAAGGCCGUCGCUUCGGACACCUUCCUGGGCCUGGGUCGGCUUCACGCCCUGCACCUAUACAGCUGUGGUCUGAUCAGCUUACCUCCGGGGAUCUUUGCAGGGCUCCAUAAUCUCCAGUAUCUCUACCUACAGGAUAACCAGUUAGAGUUCCUGGAGGAUGAUCUGUUCAUCGACCUGCUGAACCUCAGUCAUCUCUUCCUGCAUGGCAAUCGACUGUGGAGUCUUCGCCAGAAUACUUUUCGAGGUCUGGGUGUGUUGGACCGGCUCCUUCUCCAUCAGAACCGAAUCCAGUGGGUUGAUCGUCAGGCUUUCCACGACCUGCGGCGCCUCACUACCCUGUACCUGUUUAAUAACUCCCUGACUGAGCUCUCUGGUGCCAGCCUGACUCUGCUGCCAGCUCUGGAGUACCUACGACUCAACGACAACCCCUGGGAGUGCGACUGCAAGGCUCUGUCGCUUUGGGAUUGGCUGCGGAGGUUCAGAGGCUCCACCUCGUCUCUGAUUUGCGUUUCGCCACCGGAGCUGGCGGGGAAAGACCUGAAAACAGUGAAGAAAGAGGAGCUACCCAGCUGCUUGUUGGGCGAGGGUCACGCUCAUGGUGCUCCGGGUGGAGAGAUGGAGCACGGAGAGUCUUUAAACCACCUGAAUCGCCACAGAAACCACCACAACCCCCACCAGCGGCCGUACUUGCCCCACGGGGACCAGUACAGCCUGCCUUCACCCUCGCCCCUGCCACGGCCGCCCAAGGGAGGCCGCAGAAACUGUACCCGCCGGGGUCGCAAGGCAAAAGGGGGGCUCAAUGAGGUGCAGAUACUUCGGGAGGGGGGUGACAAAGACUAUGGUCCAGAUGGUGGUAAAUACGACCUGUCUGCAAAUGGACGGAGGAAGAACAAGUGCAUCCCCAGAACUUCUGUCGGCCCACCAAGUGGGGUCCAGAGAGCUAAUAAUAAUGCGGGGUCACACCUUGCAGAUUAUGUUUCCUGUUUCUCAUCAGCUCUGCUGCUGUCUCUCUACUUUGUGAUCCUACGCUGAGAUGGGAAAUGGACACCUUUGUGCUGGUGAUGCAACCUUAUGAUUCAUUCUCCUGAACCACCCAGCCCUGGCUCUUUAAAUGAGGCAUGCGUGCAUAACUGUGUGUGUGGACAUGACUGUGUAUAAAGAACAUCAUUGAGCGUCCCUGUGGUAUUAAUGCAGGGAUCUUUAUGAGUCAUAAUCAAUACAUGGAAGUCAGGGAAAACAAUUUAGCCCAUUGCUUUGAUGAUGUCACCAAGGGAAACAACAGGAAAACUUUACUUUUGUCUCUUUGGCAUCGAUUGCUUCACUGGAUUUAUGUACUUAUAAAACACAAAAAAACUGUACAGCCACAUAAAAUAACAAGCCAGUAAUUCAUUCAGAUAACCACGCCAGUAACACACACCAGGUAUCAGAGCAGUUCAUGCCUCGGCCGCUAUGUUUAGACCUCCUGACACAAUAGCACAACCUCCAUCUGUCAGUCACACAGUCAUUUACACCCAUUACUCAGCUCACUCCACAGCACCUUAAGAUCAACAAACACACCACUGCAGACACAAGUGGUAGUAAAAGGAUUCAUUGUGAGGAGUUUUAGUAGUAAUAGCCAUAAUCACUGCAUAUCUACCGAUAAAGUGGUUUUACUUCCACGCCUCACAACAGGCUGAAAGCACUUCCUUUACCCUUGGUUCUGAAUGAGAAUUGUAAAAAAAAAAAAAAAAAAAAAGGCACUGAAAUUGUGACACAACAAUAUAACUGUCAAUUCUUCAUACUAGUCCUGUUGAAAGCUAUCAUCUGUCCUUGCCCUUGCAUCCCAACUUAAAAGCCAUUCAGAACGAACCGAUCAUUCUAAGAGCCACCUCGUCACGGUCGGUGUAAAUGAGUGAGAGCGAGUGAGUGAAGAUUUCUGUCUUGCUGUUUGUAUGAGUGUGUGUGUGUCCAGUAAAGAAAAAAAAACUGAAAACAAAACACAACAAAAAAAGAACACUAAAGCCAUGCGGGUAGAAUGAAGCUAGAUAGCAAGAGUGCCUAUUGAGAGCCAGUUUCUGUUAAGGACAAACUAAGGAGGCAAGAGAUGGUUUCAUUCACUCUUCGACCUCAAUGGCAACAACACAGAGGCCGCAACCAGCUGAAAGGUCAACUCAUGCAGGCCAAGAAAAAGCUGAGGCCCGAGUCGAACUCACAAAACUUCUGAUUCCCAGAAACUGAUAUGCACUUUCCUCUGUGAUGCUGUGGAGGUUAUACAUCUUUCAAACAGAGAUGAUUCAGUCCAAAUACUCAGAGGAAGGUCUCAAGUGCUGGAAAAAAACUGCAGUUUUUUCCGCAAUCAGAGAGGAGUGCCGGUGAUCACCACAAAUCUCCUGCAAAGGCCCGAUCAAUCGCUGAAACUGGAGAACAGAAAUAGUUCAGAAUCUGUGAUGAUCACCGGAGAGCAACUGGCAAACUACUCUUUCUUCGUCUCCUGUGGCGUGUUUAGUGUGCUCCAAAAACAGACGGACUCGACGAUCUGCAAGCCCUGAUUGGAGAGUUGGAUUUUAAUGCUGCUACGACUGAGGAGACAGAACCUCUCGUUGCCUUUUUGGAGGCUUGGGACUCUUUCUUCAGGAAAUAACAAGCACAGAAAGGACUGUGGGACAUGGUGCCCUUUAUGAACUGGAGAGGUUCAAGCACACACACAAACACACCAAUAAAACCCGAUCGAUCACCUUCACAGCCUUCCUGUCCCACUGCGAACUUCUAACCCCUGUUAGUCCGGGGCUUUCAAAUCACACAGCAGAGCACCACAGAUACUGUCCAGGCUUUGCCUGUAGACCUGAAGUGAUUGAGCGUCACUCGGCCCAAAAGUCUCAAGUGCUCGACUACAAUAACCUGUACAGAAACACACGGGCCAUCCGGGUACCUUAACUCACCAGUAAAGGUCUCUAUAUUUCUUAUAGCAUUACAAAGUUAUGAAUUCUAUUUUAAAAACCCUUGUAUGCAAAGGAUGACCAAGCUCAAAAGGCUAAAAAUGGUGACAUGCUGACUAAAAAAAAAGCACAAAAGAUGAUGAGUUGGGUUUGCUGGUAACCUAAAUAUACCUGGUUUGGAUGGGAAUCCGAGAGCAGGGGCCACCUUUGUACCCCGCCUGUGAGUGUUUCCCUGCCGAGCCCCGCCUUUUCAUGUCUAUCUAGAUGUCGGGGACGUACAGAGGCCUGACACUGGUGUCAUUCCUCCUGACAUGUAGGAUUAGAGAUCCCUACUGGUGAACUUGUCUGUGCUGCUGUGAACCCAGAGGUGAUGUAAAUUGUUGUCCGUUUACUCCUGUGAGGAUGACUUUUGUAAAAAAUAAAAAAAAAAGAAAAGAAAAAAGAAACAACAGACAUAAAAGAAAGAAGCAAAGAAAAAGAUAGAGAAACUGACUCUCUGAUGUGUAGCUCCCUUAAAGAAUAAACAGGGAGCUAAAGGCUGGAACUUUUAUUAUUUUUUUAAAUAUGAUUAUUAUCAUUAUUUCCUUUCUGUUCUUUUUGUUUUGCUGACUCAUUCGAGAUAAACAGUACACUGCACUGUCCCUCCCUCUCCUGCUCUUCCUCCUUUCUUUUCCAUCCUCCUAUUCAUCCCUCUGUCUUUCCCUCCCCCUUCGCCUCCCUCCCCUCCCCUCCUCUCUCCCUCCUUGUCUGUCUGCUUAUUCUCUCCUCCCCCUCGUCUCCUUUCCCCUCCACCCGCCACACCUCUAUCUCCAUAUUCUUCUCCAAUCCUCUCUUCCUUUGUGCAACUCAAAUGUUUUUGUAUGUGGUUAUCAAACAAUGCCAGACUCAAAAGCUGUUUAUAAAUAACAUUAAACAGAAAGUGUCCUCAAAUGGC